AAGCGCUUCUGCUCAGGUUACUGUAAAUGAGAGCUCCAGUCUUACAAUUACCUGUUUAAUGGACUAAAUAGCCAGGAGGACCAGAAGCCAUAAUAUGAAGAAACGCUACAUGGAUAUAGGCAGGCUCCGGAAAAUGAAAAAGAUUAAACUUACUGAGAAGAUUUCCGAAAGUGCAUACUCUGUUCUGAAGUUCAUGAUCGUCUGGAUGAUGGUGCUGUUAGCUGACUUUGUUCUGGAGUUCAGACUGGAAUACCUGUGGCCUUGCUGGCUCUUUCUAGGGACCGUCUACACCACAUUCCACUGUCAUGGACUGGCCAUCUGUGUGGUUUUUGUGUGUGCUGCAUUUACCUUGGACUUAUUCUGUUUAAUUUUUGUACCCUUACACUGGCUGUUUUUUGCCGCCAGUACUUAUGUCUUACUCAACUAUAUGUGGCAUACAGAGAAAGGAAUCUGUAUGUCAACUGUGACAUUAUGGAUCCUCUUAGUCUAUAUGGAGGCGUCUCUGCGCUUGAGAGAACUCAAAAGCCCACAUGCAAAUCUGUCCCAUCUAUUUGCUGCACACUGCAUUGGUUAUCCGCUUGUGUAUAUGGGAUUUGAUGCAACCUGCUAUUUCUCCAGCAUGUUUAAGGUGCGCACUCAGAAAUCUGCUCACAGUGAGAAUGACCUCCAUAUGGAUCUCCUGCAACAAUCCCUACCUCCUUACAUGCACCUCUACCCAAAAUUGUGGAUGGAAGAUUCCAAAUAUAAGGUGUCCAAAUCCAGGCCAACGCAAUACCAGUGUCCAUCUGAUACCACCACCUCAGAGGACAAACAAAACAUGGAGGACUGCCUUCAAAUCCACAGACUUCCCUCCAGACCUGAAAGAGACAUAAAUCCACAAGCUCCAGGAGCCAAGCACCGUGGAGGCGAAAUUCAUUUGGACUCCACAUCUAUCCUGGAAAUGGCUGAAAACCUACCUCAGGAAGAUCAGAGCAGCAAAGCUCAAAGAUCCUCCAAGAGCUCUCUGCCUAAAGUGCAGCGAGGCUCAGUGAAUGUUCCUAACGGCAAAGCCGAGAAGAGGCAGAAAAACCCUAAAGCCAUCAACUCUACAGGGGAAUCUGUUGAACGGUGCUCGUCAAACAUCCCAACCCACAAUCCUCCUCCAAAUCCUCCCAAUCCACAUGCUGAGCAGAUGCUGAAGCUGGAACAGGAGCUGAGGAAGCUGAAGGGAGAGCUGCAGGCGAGCAGACAGAGCGAGCAGGAACUGCGCAGUCACAUUUGUAAUCUCACCAACAGUGAACACAGUCUGCGGCCUGAAGUAUCUCUGCUCAGACAUGCAAAUGAACUGCUGCAGAACAAGAUUCAGUGUCUGAAUAAAUCCAGACAGAAGGACAAACAAAACUGUUGCUUGCUGGAAAAGAAAAUCAGAAUGGAAACAGACGCCCGAGUUGCAGUAGAAAAACAGCUCACAGAAGUCAGAGCCCAAAAAUUUGAUGAAGCAACAAUUUUACUUCGAAGCGCAUCACACAGGCAAGAACACAGUGAAACUCAAAUGUUGAGGAAAAAAGCUAAAGAUCUAGACUCAGAGUACAAACAACUACAGCUGGAAUAUCAGGAGAAAGAGAAUCGGAUGAUAGCUCUAGAGAAUGAAGUGGAGGCGCUGCAGAGGAACAGAUGCAGUGAGCAGGAGGCCGACGCUCUGCUCUCUGCUCUCUCCUCACUGCAGGACAAGGCUCAGCAUCUCGAGUACAACCUGAGUGCAGAAACCCGGCUCAAACUAGACCUGUUCUCAGCACUCGGAGACGCACGCAGACAGCUGGAGAUAGCGCAAGUUAAAAUACUGAAACAGGACCAUGAGGUGAAGGAAAUGAAGCAGAAGCUCGCUGAGGCGAUGGCUGUGGCUCCAGGUAUGUCAUAUAUGGCCCCGAGGUCCUCCAUGCCUCAGUACCUCAAGUUCUUGAACUCUGAGCGCUAUAUGCUAAACCCCAGAGCACUCAUGUACCAGUGUCUGAAGAAGUAAGAGUGGCGGGGACAAAUCGCAUGGCUUUUCAACGAUUGUUGUGACUCGACAUUCCAAACAUGAGGGCAUCUCUGCUUCAAGGUUUGCCAGAAAACUUUGCCUUUUGACAAUGCCAGCCGCCUCUGGUGAGUCUCCGGCUGUGUUUACUGAUUUGAGCAGAGGCACCGAGGCCGCUUGUAGGUGACCUUGCUUUGAGCCAAGAUUCAUUCGAAUCAAAGUUGACUGUAAAUAUAUUGUUGACCAGCGAAUGACCAUCGAAUGCUGAGCAAACCACUGCGAGCGGCGCAAACCGCUCAAGAUAUCAGUAUGAAAAAACUUGAUGAGGAGCACAGUUCAUCAUGAGGACAGGAUCUCCUGCGAAAUGAGGAGGCUCUUCUUCAGCCAUGACAAUAACAGGCCUCACUUGGUCAUUCUGUGCCUCAUUAUUUAUGUGAAUUCAAUUUAUAUAACAAGCCAAUAUCAAAUGUAAGUCAGUAUGUGAAUAUUCGAGUGCUUUGUACUGUUUUGUAUCCUUUUUACAUUACACAUGUUAAAGCAGAAUUGAACAGCACACACACACACACAAAACAAAACACAAUAUUUGUAGGUUUUCAUGUUUCUGAAAUCGUUGCCUUUUUUAUGUAUCAAUGGGAUGUUUUUUAUGAGAAGUUUAUUUUUCUGCCUUGACAUAACUUUUUUUUCCUAAACCAAAAUGAAAUAAUGGUUUAAUUUUGUAAUAAUACUUGUUGGUCUGCAUGCCAAUUUGUGUAAAAUGAUUGUUUUGGACAAAAAAAAAAGAAGAAAAAAAAGAAAAGAUUUUGAUGUCUAAUUGUGCUUUUGUGCAAGGGCUGU